AUGAGGCGCUAUGAGAAGCUGUUAUUGUCCAUGGUGCUCGUCUCUGUGUUGGCUUUGGCACCGCUGCAGAUAUCAUAUGGACAACUGUUGUCAGACGAACCCUGCUCCGUUCAGAUCCUUGUGCCUGGACUCAAAGGAGAGCCAGGAGAAAAAGGAGAGAAAGGAGUGCCUGGCAGACCAGGAAGAGUUGGUCCUCCUGGAGAGAUGGGUCAAACUGGACUUAAAGGACAAAAAGGCAUUAUGGGACACUAUGGAAAAAUGGGCCCAAGUGGGAUCAAAGGUGUGAAAGGAGAUAUGGGUGACCCAGGUCCAAUAGGUCCUAAUGGAGAGCCAGGUGUUCCAUGUGAGUGUACACCACUGAGAAAGAUGAUUGGAGAAAUGGACAAUGUUGUGGCCCAGUUGUCCUCUGAGCUGAAGUUCAUCAAAAAUGCACUGCCCUCCCCUGCAGCUGUUGCUGGCAUUAAAGAGACAGAGAGUAAGGUCUAUCUGUUGGUGAAGGAGGAGAAACGCUACACUGAAGCCGAGGGCUACUGCCAGGCGAGGGGGGGGCAUCUAGCCAUGCCCAAGGAUGAGGGAACCAACACGGCCAUCGCAACUUACAUCACUGACGCGGGCCUGAGCAGAGUCUACAUUGGCAUUAACGACUUGGCUCGCGAGGGCGUCUUCACUUACGUGGACCACUCUCCCAUGAGCACCUUCAGCAAGUGGAGAAAAGGGGAGCCCAACAAUGCCUAUGAUGAUGAGGACUGUGCUGAGAUGGUGACCUCUGGAGAGUGGACCGAUGUAGCCUGCCACCCCACCAUGUACUUUGUGUGUGAAUUUGAUAAGGACAGCAUUUGA